GUGUCAGUCAGCCAGUUCAGUCCUUAGAGGUUCAGUCAUGGUUCAACCAGUCCUUCAAGCUGUGUUCCAUGACAGUUGAAUUAAAUUCAAUCAUUGAUUAUCAUUGGAUAUUGGAUAAAUUCAUCAUACAACACCCAAAUCAUAGUAUUUUUUAUUCUACUUCAAGUAAAUUAAAACUACAAUAUGGAAUAAAUCAAUCAAAAACGUUCUCAAUCGCAGAUAGAUUAUACAUUAUUUUACAUUAUCAACUUCAGUGAGUACAUAAUAAAACAUCACAUAUAUUCACUCGAUUUCACGCCAGGUUAACUUCAAUCAAUAAGAAUGACUGAAUGCGAGCCUUUAAUCAAAGAGUGGCUAUCAGAAUAUGCCUCACUACAAGAAAAUGAAAUAAAAAGCUUUGCAGCAGAACAUGAACACAAUCAUGAAAUUGCAACAGCCAUAUUCAACUUGUUUUAUAAUGGAUGUGAAAAUGAUUGUUGUAUCAAAGCAGAUAGUGAUUCACUAUAUGAAGAGGUGUUAGAAAAUGUGUGUACCCAGUUAUUCAGUUUUUAUAGAUCAAAAGAGGUUGAAUUACAAAGAUUUACUCUGCAGUUCUUACCAACUCUUAUUUUUAAUUAUCUGAGUUCAGUAGCUCUUGGGAAUAAAAAAACUUUUCGAUGUAUAGAAACAUUGCUUAUAGGUUUGUAUAAUUUUGAAGUUGUUGAUGAAACUGGAAAACCAAAAGUUGUCUCUUUUAGACUGCCUUCUUUAGCUCAACCAUCUAUAUAUCAUGAGCCAUUAUCACUGGGGUCCCAAUUUCUUACUGAAAAUGCACUAAGGCGCUGGGAAGAAUGCAACACAAAACUAGUUAGCUGGGGACCACUUUCCCAAGUGGAUGCAAUCAAUGCGCAGAAUCGUCUCAAAGUCAUGGCUGCUCUAUUCUUCAUUUAUAAUCGUCAGUUAAGUUUAUUACCCAAACUUGCACUGAGACAUUUCUGCAUUGCAGCCACCAGAAUAGUCACUCAAGGAUUCCAGAAAAAACUUGGUAGCAAUGCAAAAUCAGUUCCGAGAAUACCAGUGUCACCAAAUUUUCUGUUGGAAAUGGUAGAAGGAGCAUAUUUUGCUAUGUUUAAUGAGUUUUACACACUAGCUCUACAGGCUGUUAAAGACAUUGAUCAGCGAGCGCAAUAUGAACUUUUCCCUGAUGUCAUGCUGGUUACAAGUGCUGUCAUAAAUUCACUUAAAAAUAAUUCCUCAGGUCAACCAUGUGAUGGACCUAUGGGCAUUAGUGUUGCAUUGUCUCCUGCAACUACUACUGUCACCAUGUCUAAAUCUAUGAUAACAAAUGCUUCAUUUCGUACCAAAAAGUUACCAGAUGAUCACGAAACAUUAAGCAUGCUGCCAAAUGAAUGCUCAUCAUCACAAUCUUGCGAAUAUAAGUUAUGGAUAAAAAAUUUCCUCAAUAUUCAAACAAUACAACCAAAUGAUUUGUUAUCAAAUGGCAAAUUAAAGAUCUUUGAUGGAGAGUACUGGAAGUUAUCAUUAACCGGUGGUGAUACCUUUGGAAAUGAAAAUUUAAAGUUUAAUAAACCAGCUGACAUUUCGAAAGUGUUCAGAUAAUUUUUAUAGCAUAAUAAAAAUAACUAAAGGUGACAUUCAUUAAUAAUAAUUAAACCAGUGAAUGUGUUCUAUGUCACACUGUGCACUUUAGUUAGUUUACAAAAUAUUGUUGCAAUUAAAUUUAUUUAGUUCUUCAUUUUUUAAUAUCGUGGACUCUAUACUAUAUCUACUAUACACUAAAUAUGUGUUUAUGUAUUUUUCAUCAUCACUAUUCAAUCUGAAUUACAUCUGGGUCAUAUGCAAUGACGUGUUGCCAAGACUGUAGAACACUAUAUUUUAGAACAAAGUUCACCUUCAAUUUAUUUAGGCAACUUUAACUAAUGCUAAGCUUAUUUUAUCUGUGCCUCAACUGAUAGUAAUAAUAAUAUUUUAUAAAUAGGUAAUUAUAAAACUCGCUGGCCAUAGAUAAAAUAUAAGACAUAGUAGCAAGAAACGUCUCUCUACCUAAAACUGCAGUUACAAAUUAAUUAUUUGAAACUUAAUCGCCUCGAUAUUCACAGGAGGAUGGAUGGUUUAAGUAUAUUAGAGUGUGGUCCUAUCCUACACGUUUUUCCACAUUUUAUAAAUGAGACUGUGUAGCGGUGCGUGUUGAAGUUAUCGUAUUUUCUAUGUAGAUCCUUCAUAAGUUGGCAUUUCUUUGCAUAGUUAUUACUGCGUACCUCUUCUUCGUAUUCUUCUAUUUAUUUACAUCAUUUCAUCACUUAGUGUUUAACAUGGGGGUCACAUAAUAAUUUACAUAUUCUCUCACUGCUCAUCAUCAAACAUUCAAGUAAUAAUACAAAUCGUGUACACAGGUACAAGUAGAUAUUAUACAUAAGAAGAUGCUUAACUAUGUCCUGCCAUAAAGCAUACGAAAAAUAUUAUUAAUAAAUACCUAUACCACAGGAAAAUUAUGCAGUAUUCGUUCCCACUUGAAUAUAUAGAAUGGAAAUUCCUUGUUAAAAUAUUAAACAAAAAGUUUUAAAGAUCAUUUUAUACAAACUGCGCUCCUACUAUAAUAUUCAGAUUAUAUUUUACCCCUGUACCAAAUUUCAUCGAAAUGCACCCAGUAAAUUUUACGUGACUGCGUAAUAAACAACUUCUCAUAUAUCAAAACCUUCGUAUUUAUAAUUUUACUACGCUAGUAGGAGAUUUAAAUAUGAUUCAUUAUUGAAAAGGUAUCUUGUAAGUUACUGAUGGGCUCAAAAUAGUCAUAAUAAAAACCCAAAAUCUGUAGGUUUGUAUCUAGUGCGCAAAUAUCUUUUUGGACAAGUCUUUAUCGCGCAAAUGUGCUAU